AUGCGGAUAUCGGGUUGUCCGAAGAACACGAAACAUCACAGAAAACGCGAUGCUUUACUGAAACAACGUCCCUAUCUGCGGCUGAACCGAUUCCAGAGAGUCUGUUCCUUAACUAGAGAAGAGAACUCUUGCUCGGUCGCUGAGCGACGUAACCAAAUUGGAAUGCGUUACCGCGCAAGCGACUCAAAGAGCCGCAAUCUCUGUGUCUACGUUAAGGAAUAUUAA